GAGGAGGAUGAUUGGAAGGAGUUUGAGCAAAAGGAAGAAAUUGAUUAUAGUGGUCUUAGAGUUCAGUCCAUGCAAAUAAGUGAAAAAGAAGAUGAUGAAAGUGAAAAAAGAGAGGAACCUGGUGACAACUGGGAAGAGACUGGUGGUGGUGGUGGUGUAGACAGAUCAUCUGGUCCUUGGAAUAAGUCAGCUCCUGCACCAGCCCCCGUCGUUGAACCAAUUGUUACAGAGACUCCGGAGCCGGUGCAGACUGGCGGCGUGUACCGGCCGCCUGGCGCCAGGGAAGGCGGACGGCCACGGCGGGCGCAGCAGGGACCACCAGAGAUCUACAGCGACACGCAGUUCCCCUCGCUGCAGUCCACCGCCAAGCUCGUAGACAGUCGAAAGGAUAAAGAAAUGGAGAAGAGCUUUGAAGUAGUAAAAUACAAAACUAGAGGUAGGGAUGAGGUCUCAAAAAACCAGGCACUUAAACUUCAGCUAGACAACCAGUAUGCUGUGCUUGGGGAUCAGUAGACCUGCACACACAUUACAAUUAAGGAAUGCUUUUUUGGUAACCCUUCUACUAAGGUAACUAAACUACAGCUAACAGCUAUGAUGAACGUGCCACCUUAUUUCUGCUGGAUCUACUGCAGCAAGUGCAGACUACUUUGACAUAAGUGAUUGGUCCUCCUGCACUAUGGAAGCAUAAUAUGUUGCAACUUCUCCAUUGGAUAUGGGGCAAAUUAAUGUAAAUGAUUGAACAAGAGUCAUCAGUGUGCUUUAAUUGCUCAGAAAGAUACCUACAGCCAGUGGUCAUUUCAAAAUCUUUUUAUGUUCAGAUACUGAGCCUUCGUAAAGGUUGACUACCUCAGACUUGAUGCACUCAUUGUGGACACCAUGUGGAUCACAACUUCUGGAAGAGAAGGUUACAGCUGUUUUAGUGGCCAUCUGAAACUUGAAACCAGCUCUACUGGAUUCCUGUCAGAAAUCCUGCAGAAGUCAGCCAUUUGGUUCCAAUUUGAUGUAACAAAGAUUUAAGUGACCUUAAUGACGAACCUGUUCGUUCCCCUUCUGAGGAAUCCUGUCAUGUGUAGCCAUAGCCUACUAGAGACUUCUGGAGCGUCCCAUACCACUCAUACUAUCAAAGUACAACGGAGCUGUAGUUUGUUUACCUUUCUAGAGUGCUGUAUGGAAGUAACUGCAAAACAAAUUAAAACUCAUUCAGUAUCACAUUUGAGGAAAGAUGAGUUUGAAUGGUUUGUUUGCAUUAGCCAUUUUAAAGUUGUCUAAGUAUUUUUUUUUUUUAUUAUCCACAAAAGAAAUGCCUGCCUUGUUUCUGAGAUCGAUUUGCAGUAUAUUUAAACAAUGGUAAGAUGUUGUAGUGAAGUAGGAUUUAUUUUGGUUUUUGUCAUGCAGUUUGUCUUUCUCACCCUAAAGCACUAAGACUUAAGAGUUUUUGAUUUGACACAGAGGUAUCCAGACUCCAACUACAGUCUUCAGAAUUCGUCCUUUAAAAAUGAGACACGUGGCAGUAGUGAUACUAGAUAAAAACUAUUUUCUAGCAAAAGCAGUUGUUUGUUGAGAAGUGAUGCUUAUCUGAUAAAAAGAAUAACUUAAUAUGCAGAGAGAUAACUACAGCUGGUAAGCCUGAUUUGUUGGGCUACUUCUGUGAAGCAUGCAGCUCUCCGAGGCAGCAAUCCUCCACGUAUAACUCAUAAGUGGUGUUUAUUAACAGUCAGAAAGUUUAGUAAUGAUGGAAGGCAGUGACUUCUUUAAGUUACUUAAUUUAGUGGAAGUAGGCAAAAUGGCACUGAUACACUAGGAAUCUAGGACAUUGCCUGUAACUGUUUCAGUGAACCAAACCUGUCAAAUACCAGAAGUGUUCUGCUGUAACUGUUUUUCUCUUCUCUGAAUUUUUACACCAGAAGCAAAAUUAAGUACAAUAGUGAUGUGCUCCAGUGUUGAGGUUUCUCAAGAGUACAUGCCAAAAAAUAGACCCGACAUCCAUAAGAGUUGCCAACGGCAAGAAAAACAAGGGAACAAAGCAAAGCUUACUUGUGUGUGGGAGUACUGUGUAUGUGCAGAAGAUAAGGAUAGUUCAGGAAUUGCCCAUCUGGGUUCCCUUUGACUAACUGCUGACUUGCUUUAAAUUUACUUCUCUGAGGCCAAUGCAGAUUUUGCUGUUGACUUCAGUGGGGCUGGGGUUUCACCUGGUUCUUCCAUGCACAGACUAAAACUGGCCUUGCCCUUGCAGAGUUAACUGUCUAUAAAAAAUUCUGCUAGAAGCUGCUAUUAAAGAGAGGGCUCAAGAGACUAUUCCUAAAGUUGGAGACUUCAUUGGGAAACAAAACCCUGCUGAAAGACUGAUACCGAUACCUUGGACUCUGAGCCAUGUAUCUUCCUUGAAAAUCCAUUGUUGCCAGCAAAAGUGUUGUUGUCACAAUUUCUGUGGAAUUCAUGGUUAAUGGACAUGUCACUUGAUGGGGUAGAGAUGUGAAGUCUUAAAAUGCUUUUCCUGAUGCUCUAAAGAGAUUGCAAUCACUAAUGCACAUGAAUAGAAUUUUAGUCUCCUGUGUGAAGGGUAGAUGAGACUGUCCAUUGUACCACCUUCAUUUGAGGUUUUUAGGCAUGAAUUCUGGCAGUUCAAGAAAACCCUGUAAAAGUUUCAAAUCAAAUAAAAUGGAAAUAUACAUGGA